CCUUGGUGGCAAGUUGUUUACUGGAAUUAAAGUUGAGAAUGGAAGUUACAAAUUUCCUGGUAACAUUGGUGCAAAAUAUUGUAGAAUUAGUAGUACGAGAAGUAAUGAAAAGCUUGAAGACUGGUCAAGGAAAACAGAAAAGGUUGAAAAAGAGAAGCUUGAGUGUCGAGAACGUAGUACAAAGGCUCCUAAACGAAUAAAGAAGGUUGAGAAUGUUAACAAAACAGUAAUGAAAAUGGCAAAGAUAAAUAGACAAUCAGCGAAAAUAUCGAUUAGGGUCAGUUCAGCUUUAAAUCUAAUAAACAUUGAGUAUGCAAAAAAGAAAGAGCUUACCUGGAAAUGUCUAAGUAAAGAAACAACUACAGGUUGUAUCAAAGAACCUAUAAUUGAUGAAAAUGUGAUAGAUAAAGGUUGUAUAACAAAAAGAAAUAUUAAUCAAAGGGAAAGUGAAUUAGUGGAUGUUAGGUAUAUUAAAGCUAAAUUGAUAGAGAAUGAUAGUAUUGAUGAAGAGAAGAAAAAGGGCAGAAUUGUUAAUGUGAUGAACUUUGGUGAAUCGAAUCAAAUGGAUAAAAUAAAGAUUAAAAGCAUACCUACCGUGUCUUUUAAAAAUAAAACUUUGCCCAGAGGGAAUCGUAGUAAAUUUGGUAUUGGAAGAGAACCAAUAGUCAAGAAACUUGUGAAUGAUGAUAACGAUUGCGUUAGUAGAACGUAUAAUCUUGGAUAUUGUUAUCGAAUUAGAAAGGAUGUUAGUAAAUCUACUGAUAUGGGUCAUGUUUAUGAAAUAAAUGAAGUUAAUAGUUAUUGUGGUGAUGGAAUUAAUAUUGAAAUUCAUGAUGGAACCAUUGGUGUUGGACAUUGUUAUCAAGGUGAAGCGAUAAUAAAAACAGAAUAUGAUAGCGACAAUGUGAAUAACAAAAUCAGUGUGAAUAAAAGUGAUGAAAACAAUGUAUGUAGUGGUGCAAUUGUGAUAUCCAAAAUUGAUAGUGAUAUAAAGGAGAUUGAUGAAAGUAAAAAAACAAAUGUGGUGAUUAAUACAAGCAAUAAUGAAAUAUGUCAAACAGAUAAUGGAAAAAAUAAUCUCGAAUCCUACCUUGGUGAAAAUAUAGGUACAACCAAGAAGAAUGAUGAAGGUAGAACAGUUGUUGCUAAUAGAAAAAAUAUCGAAUUCGGAGGAUCUAGCUCAGAUUUUAGAGCCAGAGGUCAUAAGAAA